CUCCGCCUAUUCAUUGUCAUUUUCUUUUUAGUUUAUUUUGUUUAUUCAGGUUUUUUAUUAAAUAAUUUUCAAACUGUCACGCAGCAGUUUUGUUGGUGUAUUUUCCUGGAAAACAAUCGCUUUUCGUUUCUUAACCGUAACAACGUUAACGUUCAUCGAAAAUUGUUCAAUAAUAGCACGGCAGAGAGGAGUUUAUCGACGAGUCAACAUUCACAAUGAACAACAACAGCAAUUUUUCGCAGAUAUCAGCUUAUCAACGAUCCGAUAUUCACUCAACGCUUAAUGAAUUCAAUAAAUUGUUUGAGGAUCAAUUAAAUUCGAUAAACAGCCAAGAUAGCGAUAGCAUGAAGACAAAAGUCCAGAUCUAUGAAGAAUGGGUGAAGAGGCUGCUGGAAGAAAUAACCACCCUUGUCGACUGUAUCCAAGAAAUGGAGAAACAAACCGCUCACGGCCUGGACAACUUAACGUCGAAUUUGAAUAAGGCCUGCAUGCCGGAUGAACGAGUUAAGGCACUGCAAAAUGAUCUGAAUGCAACUGUGGAAAUAAUUCGACGGGCCAGAGUUUACGGCCAGUGGAACACUGAGGGUAUUCAAUUGAAGCAUUUGCGAUUCACCGAUAUUUUUGGUGAUCGGUCUCAUUACGAGAAGCACACAUAUUUGGAGUUCGAGCGGCCGAGUCCACAAAAUCCCAAUUUUUUCACAUUGAACAUUGAGAUGAAUGCUGAGCUGAUAGAAGGCGAUGGAAAGGGUGACUCAGAAAAACAACUCAGCAAAACGACCUCCUCACCGCAAGCAUUUCCAACAGCCAGUUUUAUCCACGAACUUGAUACCGAUCAUGCUAACAUCAUUAACGAUGCAAGGAUCAAUUAUGCUGAGCAGGAAAUGUUAUUUAAAAACGUGCAAAAUCGUAACGCCGAGUUAAUGGAUGAGAUUGAACGACUGAAAAAAGAAAAUCAACAGUUGGUGAAGGGCAAUCUGGACACACGAGUAUUAGUUGAAGAAGUGGCUGUCCGACACGACGAAAUUCAGAAGUUGAAGAGCGAGAACAUAUCACUGGAAGAACAACUGAAAAAGCAGAACCAAAAUAUGUGCUUCAAAGACCAGAUCAUCAAAGAGCUACGAAAAGAUUGCAAGAAGCUAUCAUCAUCUACGCCGCCCAUGUCUACUAAAAUCGUUCAAUCAACUGGAAGCUCUGAGCUGUCCAGAAAUCUAGAACAGUCGGACAAUAACGAUUCCAAUGAUGACAUCAUCUUAGAAAAAAGUUACAACCGAAAAACUGAUAUUACGAAUCGGCUUCUGGAAAUUUUCAACUUCGUUCAAUCAUCCCUACAACCGAGCGAAUAUGUUCAUCCCAAUGAUGCGGGCGUAUUAUUGGAUUAUAUGCCCUCAGCCCGUAUUAACGACACUAUAAGUGAGGAGGAUCUGAAUACAGCUCUCAUGUCAUUCGCCGCCAGAAUGAAUUCGUUAGAUAAGGAAAACGCAAAGCUCCAAGCCGAAAAUGAGAAGCUGAAAGAGGAUUUGACGGAGAAGAUAAAAGAGGGUGGGACAGCUGACACUGUCAUUCAAAUGCCAACUGUUGAGGAAGCUAUCGUAGAAAAGAAUCUGAAUAGCGUGGUACAAGAGAUAACGCAAAUGGAUAGGCAUUUGUCGGACGGUGGCUCAUUGUUUGCGAGCAGCAACGUCGACAAACUGACGAGUCAAGUGGCUGAACUGCGGAUUGAAAUUGAAUCGAAAAAUAAAUUGGUCAGCGAAAAGGAUUCAAUAAUUGCAUCGUUAAUCGAAUGUGGAAUACUAAAAGAUCGUGAAUUGAAUGACUUAAGGAUCCGGACGUGCCCAAUGGAACGUGACAGUUGUAUGACCUGCAAUGAUAAAGCGGUUGAUAAGCAUUUGACUACCGUGGGUCUCAUGAAUGUGAAUACCGGCGAUAUCGGGCAACUAGCAAAUUUGAUGGUUGAUUUACAGCAAGAAAUCGAAUCCAAAGACAAACUGUUAAAAGACAAAGACGAAUUGAUUGUGGACUUAAGAAAAAGUGAAUCGUCGAAGACUUGUGAACUGCUGGAAUUGAGAAAGAAAAUCGAAUCGGAUCGCAAUCGUAAUGAAGAGACGGUGAGCAACCUUAGGGACGCUUUGGAUAUUCACAUAAAAACGAUAAAUCAACAGCAGCUAGGAAAUAAUCAUCUAGAAAAUAAAAUCAAGGACCUUCAGCUUUAUAUCAGCAAUAUCGACCGUAACUACGUUCUACUGCAGGAGAAAUGUAGUAAAAUCCAGUCAGAGUGUAACGAUCAACUUACGACCAUUUCUAAUUUACGGUCCGUCGUUGAGGAGUACAGUAAGCGACCGGGAGUCUACCAUGAGUCGAAUAACGACAGUCUCCCGAUCGACACAUUUAUCUUCAGUGAACAAAUUUCUGAUUUAUUCAGUGAGAACAUUCAAUACGAGAAGAAGAUAAGUCUUCUGCAGGAUGACAACUUAUUUUUACGAGGCGAAAUGUAUCUGUGGUCGCAGGAUUAUAGCUAUCUGGAAGAUAAAUAUUUAGACCAUUUAUCGGAAACCCGCAAACACUGCGAAAAUAUCUCCUCGAUUGACGCUGAAAAGAGGAAUUUAAAAUGCAACCAACCGAAUGACUGCAAGUCAAUUCUUACCAAAAAUACAACGGCCGUUAUACAUUAUAUUAAAGCGAUGGAAGACAAUAUAAUUGACGAAUUGAAAAACUAUACGCCUUCCAUAGAAGACUUUAGGAGCUUCAAGCAGUAUGUUGAAGAGCUCAGUUCCCAAUUGAAUGUUCUCUCGAACGAAUCAAAAUUUAGCCAGAAGUUGAUUGAAGAUUCAACGUUGCUGUUCGAAUCGUUUCAACACGUACAGCACGAGAAUGAUAAUCUUAAAAGGAAAUAUGAGUUAUCGCAACAACAAAUACAAUUAUUCGAAUCAGAAGCAAAUGAGCUACGAAGUCAAAACACAACGUUAGAGUGCCAACUCAAUGACCAGAAGGCCAAAAUGAAUGAUCAAAUGGAACAAAUCAAACGAAUCGAAAACGACAAAAACUCGUUAACCGUUCAAUUGAAUCAGAAUUCAUUAACAACGACGAAAAUCACAGAACAAUCGCAACAACGCCAUCAAAAAGAUAUCGACGAAUUACUAAUCAGUCACCAGGAAUAUCAAAAGGCGAAAGAUAUGUCCGUACAACUAACAAAUGAUGUGGCUCAGCUGAAAAUAACGAUCGCUGAACUGAAUCAAGAAAUCUUGCGACAAUCGAUGGUACUGGAAAAGCAGAAAGACGACCGCUACACAAUGAGUAAACAAUUGGAGUCUGCCUUUGAGAUUACAGAAAAAUUGAAAUUUACCAUCGACUCCAAUCUAAAAUCCAUAUCACAUUUGCAGGAAGAAAAUGAGAAGCUUAAGGAAGAGCUGAACCAGAGCAUUUCCACCAUCGAAAAACGCCAGACUGACUAUAACGCUAUGGAAUUGGAAAUGAUCAACAAAAACGAUACGCUACAACAAUCCAUCGAUGAGCAUAUUAAAGCGCGCCGUAUAUCCGACAAAUCCGUCCUGGACAUGUCUGUUCAAAAUCAAAAAUUAAAUCAGCAAAAUGACGAUCUGGUCGGAGAGAUAGCUCAUCUGAAAGAUGAAAUCGAUCGAUUUAAACGACAAAUUAAAUCUCUCGAAAGUAACAACAGUUUAAUCAAUGACAUGCAGGCCGAUGUUGGACACGUUCGUUCGCAAUUGGAAAAGCUUUUAGUUAACCUAACAGAAAAAGAAGCCGAACUAACUACCCUGAGGAAACAAAAUUCAGCGUUAAACCAACAAUGCGCAACGCAUGUGAACGGUCACCGGUUACUUGAGACCAAAUUGAAUAAAGUGAUAGAGAAAUGUAAGGAAAUGAAACAGGAAUACGAUUUGUUGAAAAGCAAUUACGAAAAUCUUUACGAAAUCAAAGAAAAAUUAACCGAGUCGUUGUCUGUCUCACAAAAUGCGAUCGGUGAACUGAAGGAACGCGAAAAUUUAGCCAAUCAUUUGCUCGCUAAACAAGAUGAACACAUACGAACUUUACUACACGAUCGAUCAGCACUUAAAAUGAAAAUGGACCAAAUGCACCGUGAUAUGAUCAUACUAAACAGUAGAUUGGAUACGGGCGACUAUCAAUCAUAUCAGUACUCCCCAUCAUCCGAAACGGUUACGAGAAAAACUAAACUGAUAAAAUACCGAAGUGUCCCGUCUUUAAACACGCCGGAUGAAACAUUGCAGUCAAUACAAAGGAUUCGACGAAAAAUAUACGAAACUAGAAGCUUUUGGCAAAACGGAAUGGACGAGGCGUUCAAAUGAAUCAAAAUGAAUGAAUUAUGGUGCACCAAACAAGGGAAAUUUUACCAUUUGAUUUUCAAUGCAUUUAAUUUAUGAUUUCGUUUCACCUUUGAAUGGAUUAAAAUCUACGUUUACUUACGAGGUA